CUAGGCUCAGGAGUGUUGGUACUGUACAUAAGGUGACAGUGGCAGUGAACUGAGAGAGAGAGAAAGAUGCUGACUAAAGUAAAGGCAGUGACCAGGAAGGAGACUGAAAUCAAAAUUGAACCCACAGACCAAGUAGAUAGGAUUAAAGAGUGCGUGGAGGAACAAGAGGGGAUUCCUCCACAACAGCAAUGCCUCACCUACAGUGGGAAACAGAUGAACCACGAGAAAAUAGCAGUGGACGACAAGAUACAAGAAGAAUCUGUACUCCACCUGGACCUGGCCUCGAGAGGACAAAGUCGAUGAUGAUAUCUUACACCAUGUGCCUCUCUCCCAGAA